GUUGCAGUCCCCCCUAUGCUGUGGAUACCGCACCAAUUGGUUGGUGCACCCUCGGACCAUACGGUUACACUGGAAUGCCACACAGAGGCUCAUCCGACUUCUUUGAAUUACUGGACCAGGGAGGAUGGCCUGAUGAUUCAGGGGAGCAAGAAGUACAAGACUACUUCGACGCCGGAGAAACCCUCGUACAAGACGCAUAUGACGCUUACGAUAUACGAUUUGCAGGAGGAGGAUUACGGUAGCUACAAGUGCGUCGCGAAAAAUCCACGUGGAGAGACCGACGGCACAAUUCGUUUGUACAUGUCUUCACCGCCGAGUACCAGCCCGAGCCCAUCUACUACGGAGAUGCCGAAGAAAGAUUGGGAGCUGAUGGCUGAAAUGAAUAACUCUAUUUACGGAAAUCCAAGCUCGCUGACGAUUCACAACGAGAAAAAUAUGAAAUCAGGUAAUAAAUUCCAGUCGAACCUCAGCGAGAUCGGCAAGUCUGAGCAAAAAUCGAGCGACCUAGAUAGGAAAAGAAACUACGAUUGGACCCCAGACAGCGACUCAGCCGUCAACAUGACAACGACUGGACUGCUUCUGAUGAUCGCUCUGAUCGUGGUGUCGAUCAUUCGAUAAGCAAAUAGAAAUAGACGCGUCGGACGUCGAUCAUCUGGAUUUCAUUUACGAAAUAUAAAAGAAUAAGAAGUCAGAAACCAAUACGACUGUUAGAAAGACACAGAUGGCACACGACAACACCAGCACACAUAUAUACACGUACAUGAGAAAGAAGGAAGAAUGACUGAGUAGUUAGUGUCAUAUUAAAACACGAAUGAGGAAAAAGAUUAAUAAUAAGAAUAAUAAUUAUGCGUGCCAAGUCAGUGUAGCGCAGUGUCCAAAAAGACAAAUGAGAUGAGAAAUCGUGCAAUAGGAAAUGAGUAUCUAUCGAUUAAUCGAUAUGCACGAGAUAUGAAAGGUAAAGAAGCGUGGGCAAAUCACAAAGUGCAACGACUAUCGCUUUCAGUGUAACAUAUUGUAUAACGCCAAAUGUCGCCACGAAGAACGCGCCAACGAUCUCGAGCUCCGCUGAAAGUCUUCAACCUGUUCGGGUUCAAAACUAAUCUCGCGGAAUUCUAUUUUAGAAUUUCUUUACUUGAACCUGACUUUUUUUUAUGCCAUGCCAGAAUAAAACUGAUUUUCUUAAAGUUAAUAUUUCAUCUUCCGAAUCAGCAACUUCAAAAUUAUUUUCAUAAUCGAUGUUUCCUUCUGCACUGAUAACAAAAGAACAAAGACCAGUGAUGUAAGCGUAAACUGUCCCCGCCAUCGAUUUCGUUCUUCUAUUUUUCCUCCUUGAAUGAUUCUCUCCCUCUCUUUAUUCUGCCUGCGAAAUGUUUCUUCUCCACCAUCCCUUACCUCAGUUCUUCUCUUUUCUUUCUAACAGCCGUUCCUUACACCAAAUCGCGGAUCCCAUCUGGAUAGUUGAGAUUAAAACGUCAGAUUCGGCAUAGAGGACAUUCUUCCAUGAAAAAACAAAGAAAAAAGAAAGAAAUGUAGAGUACAAAUGUCAAACGAACAUCAAAGGUAAAGGAAUAUUAAAAACGGAAUAUUAUUAAUUGAAAAUAUCUUUAAGUUCCAAGGAUAGAAUACUGACCGAUAAUAUUUUUGUUACAUUCUGGUCACAUAUUCUUCUUAUCGAGUAUUUUUUAUUAAGUUUUGAAUACAUUUUAUCGAUUAUCAUUUAAUUUAUUUUUCAUAAAUACAAUUAGUAAACAAUUAAGGUUUUGCACUCGCACAGGUUCGACGAUGUAAUUUUAGAACAAAUUAAACCGGGAUCUGCGAUUACCAAGGAAUUAAUUAAACGAAGGAAAAGAAAAGAAAAGAGAAAAGCGACGCACCGAGGCAUCUUUUCGUCAUGAUUAAAUUUCGUUGAGGUGUCCACGUUGACCAGACAGCUGCUCAAAUUCUACGUAUAGUAUCGAGAUGAAAGGAAUAUCGAAACGCUUAAAACGGAAAAAAAUGAAAAACAGAGUAUAUAUAAAUAACGUGUAGGUAUCGAUUAAGUGACGAUGAAAACAUUUAGACAUAAAGAAAUUUUAUUCUUACUGCCGGAGCUUCAUUAGUUUUGCAUUAGGACGUAAAGCGUUUUUAUCGAAUCCUAAAAACACCAAAACCCUUUCACGAAUAAUUUUGCAGGUUUAUCGACGACGAGAAAUACCACUCACAAAAUUUCGAUUUCAAACCAGCUUUAACCAUUGAUUGUAAUCACGAACGUUAAUUUUGACGAUUUACGUUCAAAAAAAGAAAUGAAAAUAAAAUAUAAAAUAAUGUUGCUGCCUGCUGGAGCAAUUUUUACAAUGGAAAUUAAUAACGUGAAAUAAAAGGUAUUGUGCGGAACCUUUUAAUCGAUUUUAAUCCAUCAAGGGCGCUGCAACCUCGAAUACCCAAAAACGCAAAUUAACUGUAAUUCCGCACGCAUUAAAAUGCCCCUGAAAAAGACCCUUUCGAGGAAUAGGUAUGUAUCGGUAUUUCAAUGAAAA